AUGGAGCGGUAUCGGCGGUCGAGCAGGAAAAGAGGAGGUGGAGCAGUGGAGCGAUCGAUGUUGUUAGCUACAGUUAGCCAGCGAUGCUACUUCACCGCAGGGAUGUCGCACCGACGGGGAGCGCUCCGCGCCGUGCACCACCAUCGGCGUAGCCCGCGUCAUGUGCUACCGGUUGGGCGGGAAAAUCAGCGCCCCAGAGCCCCGAAACCAGAGACCGACGAAGUAACCCGGGGUUCGGGGUUUCUUCUGCAGCUUCGGACCUCCCCGGACGACAGCAGAGGGAAGGGAAGCAGAUUGCAAAGAACAGCGAGCGAUCCGCCCGGAUGUGAAAGCAGCUGGCCGGGAUGA